AUGUUCUCUGUGUUGGGCCAUAUUGACACGGACACCAGAUUAGAAGAGGAGAUGAAAGCUUUAAAAUUUGUCCCAACCAACAGUGGACGUCGGUUUCAGGCUAGAGAACUCUUCCAUCCAAGAAAGGACCCAUUGAUGGACAUUUUUGCGGACGAAGAUGUUUUUCCCGUGUUGCAGUAUGCUAAUCCUGAAGUGCUCAGACAUCUGGAGAAACUUGGCCUGAAGGGUGAGGAAGAUAUCACAGCUCAAGACCUCUACAGAAGUGCUAUGAACAUCGCUGACACAACACCACUGGAAAAGGCGGAGAAAAAGUCGACAGCAAUUCUGAGUUAUUUGCACAUGAAUCCGAAUAAACUUCAGGACGACGUUUUUGGAAUGUCGUUGGGAUUACAGCUUCAAGAUGCUCCCUGGAUAUCACCAGUGCGAGUAAAGCCCCAUGAUUUUCCCAGUAGCCUUCCUUUCUACGGAAAAAAUGAAACAAAACCUUAUUUCUUCAAGCCUACGGAGGUAGAGACAGAAGAUAGGGCGUCCAUAAUUGGAGCGAUAAGGCCUAUUGUUCCAGUUCAUUCAUCAAGUGAUUUAGCGAAACAUUUUGGUUGGGACAAGAGUCCUUGUGCACUGGACGUUGUGAAGCAUUUUGAAAUUGUGGUCGAUAGUUACUGCAAGGAUGAUAAGCCACAUUACAUGUUAAUGGUGGAAGAAAUCUACUCUUUCUUACUUGGGACAGAUGACACUGGCGUGGAACAAGCCUUGGAGAGAAUUAAAAGCUCGAAAUGGAUUUGGAAUGGAGACGGCUUUUCCUUUCCCAAUGCUGUACUGGCGGGAAAGCCUUCUAUUGACCUCUCGCCUUACAUUGCAUCCCUUCCUACAGAGAUGAACAAGUACUCUGAAUUGUUUUCCAAGUGUGGCAUGCAAGAGCAGUGUGAUCUUUCAUGCUUGAUGUUUGUCCUGCAAUUGAUUAAACAGAAGUAUGAUGAUUGUGAAGAGCGACAGUUUCAUUUUAAAGAGGUGGAAAGAGAUCUACAGUUGUCUAUCAACAUUUUGAAUAAGGUGGAAUCCGAAGUCGGUGGUGAGAUAUCACCAGAACUUCUCCAGGACGUUUUGCUUCCAACUUUCGUAGAAAACGAUGCUUAUGUGAAGCUAGCACAAGUGGAAGAAUGCGUUUAUUUAAAGCACGGGUCGCGGCCAUUAGAUGAUGAUGAAAGCAUGGAUUAUCUACUAUUACACCGAAAAGUUCCUCUUAGCACUGCAGAAUAUUUCAACGUUCGUACCCUACAGAACAGUAUGCUAGAUCCUGAUGAGCUUGGAUUUGGGGAAGAGUGUGGACAGGAAGAAAAACUUACUAGUCGACUCAGCACGCUAUUGGAGGACUACACCGAUGGAUUUGCAGUACCGAAAGAACUCAUUCAAAAUGCGGACGACGCGGGGGCAACUGAAGUUAGGUUCCUGUACGAUGAAAGAACCAACGAGGAUGCAAUGGAUUUUUUGUUUGACGAAGGAAUGAGAGACUGCCAAGGUCCCGCUUUAUGGGUGUACAAUGAUGCUGUCUUUCAGAACGAAGAUUUUCAAAAUCUGACUAAGUUAAAUGGAGCGACAAAAGAAGAAGACACACAAAAAAUUGGAAAAUUUGGACUUGGCUUCAAUGCAGUGUACAAUCUGACAGACGUUCCUAUGUUAGUGAGCCGAAACUACUUUGUUAUCUUUGAUCCUAACACUUUUCAUCUUGGAAAAGCCAUUAGAAACAAAACCAAACCGGGCAUAAAGAUUGACACCAACAAAAACGUAAAGAAGCUGCGAAAUUUUCGCCAUCAAUUUAAGCCGUUUAAUGGUAUCUUUGGCUGUGAUCUCUGUCUGGAAAAAGAAGACAAUUCAUUCCACGGAACACUGUUUCGCUUCCCUUUACGAACCAAAACUCAGGCUAUAAAGAGCGAAAUAAAACAACUUGCUUAUGACUGCAAGCAAAUGAAAGAACUUUUACAGAUUUUUAUCAAAGGGGCUGGAUCGUUACUACUCUUUACGCAGAAUAUCUGUCGAGUCAAAAUUUUUCACUUGUCCAAAGAGGCGACAGAUGCGAGACAACCCAAAAUGUUGUUUGAGGUAACGAAGUCGUUAAUGCAAGGAGGAAUCAUACGGAAGUUGCCUAUGCAAGUCGACCUCCCUUUUGCUGCCAGCAGUCUCAGCAAAGAAGAUAAACUCUGUCUGGAGCAAUGCAACUUUCUUAAGGCAUCAACAAUGACUGCUGAUCAAUUUUUCGAAGAAGCAGAAAAUGAAAGCGCCCUUUUGCUGAGAUCAGGGCUAAUCCUUAACAUUCAGAGCAUCGUGACGGAUGAUGGACGCCUUUUCUUUCAAGACACUACUACUCUACCAACAGGUGUCGAGACUUGGCUUGUCGCAUCUUCCAUGGGCAAAGGCGAAGCACUGAUGCUUUCCCGGAGUGAAAAAGGUCUUAUUCCUUCUGCAGGAGUUGCUGUUCGACUGUCCCUUGACAAUGGCUCUGUUUCAGGGCCUCUUUGUCCUUCAGAUUUUAAAGGAACCUUGUUCUGCUAUCUUCCACUUCCAAUCUACAGCGGUCUUCCUUUACACGUUAAUGGCGCUUUUGCAGUGGCCUCAAACAGACGUACUUUGAAACAGAAAACAAAUGACGACAAAGCCUGUGUUGGAGCAGACUGGAACAAUAUUCUAUUCCAAGAUUCAGUCUGCGCAGCGUACCUAGAUCUUCUUGAAGACGUUAAGUCGUCUAGUACUCAAAUGUCUGGGAGAAAAUACCUGUAUCAUUGGCUUUGGCCCUUGUCUUGUAAAGUGGAAAAGGCCUGUGAACCGCUCGCGAGAUCACUUUACGAUCACCUUGCUUCUGGUAGUAGUUCCCUUUUCUCAGAUGGAGAAAAAUGGGUCAGCAUCCAUGAGGUUGUCUUUCUCGAUCCACAGUUCCUCCAAGAUUCUCAAAUCGGUGACAUUUCUUUUAAAGUAUUUCAGGCGUUGGUUUCAAGGGAUGUAGCUGUGAUUGAUCUUCCUUAUGAUGUGUACAAAUCCUUUGCAAACUAUGGGUACGAAGAACUUAUCCAUUCCAAAAGAUAUGAUGUAAAGAGGUUCUUUGUCGAGCUAUUUUUCCCCAACAUUGGUUCUGUCCCGUCUCACUUAAGAGACAGGCUGGUCAUGUACGCACUGGAUGAGAAAAAUGAGUGGCUUGACGAGAUGAUUAAGGGCCAUAAAUGCAUUCCAACAACACCGCUUGGUAAAUCCCUGAAGUGUCCCAGCCAGCUAAUAAGUCCAAGCGGAGUCACUGCUUCCUUGUUUUGCCCGUUCGAUGAAAGGUUUCCACACGGAAGUGAACAAACAUUUCUUCAUCCCCAAAGACUAUUCAAACUCCAGCAACUUGGAAUGUCAACCGACGAUCUCUCCUGGACAGAGGUUGCCGAAAGAGCAGAGAGCAUCAGUAUCUUAAAUCAAAAGUCUACGGACGCAGCUACUAAAAGAGCCAAAACCCUGAUCGACUUUUUAGAAAAGAAGCUGACUCGUGAAGGUACAUCUUCUUUGCUGAGUGAGGAUUAUUCUAGAAUUUUGAAAGCAAAAUUUCUACCAGUUCUCAAGAAACCAAAGUCAUUUCCUCUUAUUUGGAAGGGGAGUGAAAGUGAUCGUGGAAAAAAUCAAGUGUUCGUAUCGUCGAUGGAGGGAUUUUUAUCCGAGCACAUGUAUUUAGUAUGCUGCAGCCAGCCAGUCAUAGAAGAGUCUCUCGCACAAAAAGCCAAAACGUUUCUGAGAUUAGACGGAAAACGACCCAAAGUGAUGCAUGUAUCUGAACAAAUUAACAAGGCAAUUUCUACAGGCACAGGAGUCUGUGAUGCUGAAACUGAGGAAAUAAGAAAAGUUUGCAUCCAGUCCUACCAAUUCCUUCAGGAAGCUCUCGAUAGUCAUGAAACGCAAAUAGCCGAUUUUCUUCGACGUUCAAAAUUCAUUUUUGUGGGAGAUAGGUUUGUGCCUUCAAAUCAAGUUGCUUUAAAGUUGACGGGCGAUUGUUCUCCAUAUCUGUACAAGCUUCCAAUUGAUUUAGCCAGGCGAUACUUACCGUUGAUGCAGGUGGCUGGCGUGAGGAAGGUUUUCCAGGUGGAAGAUUUUAUUUCUGCUUUGAAGGGCAUUAAGCAAGAUUUUCAAGACGAAGAACUAGACGAGGAGAAACUUCGUGUUGCAAUAAGUCUGGCGGCUCAAUUGAAAGAAUCACUGGAGAAGUCCAAAGUGCAGAUUACAGCUGACUUUAAAAGGGAAUCAGUUUACCUUCCAAAUUCGCGUGGAGUAAUGCAACUCGUAAGUGAACUUUGUAUUGAUGAUUGCCCUUGGAUUUCUAACAACGAAGGCGUCCAGUAUGUCCAUCCCGAAAUCCCCGUAUUAAACUGUUACCACUUAGGAGUUAAAACUCGUCGAGCAGCAGCCUUGUGGCAGUAUACUCAUGGAAUCCCAUUUGGUCAGAGAGAAGAACUGGUGAAUCGUUUAAGGCGGAUUUUGGAAGCCUUUCCAUGCGAGAAGGAGCUCUUGAAAGAACUUCUCCAAAAUGCUGACGACGCUCAAGCAACCGAAAUUUGCUUUAUUCAUGAUCCCCGACACCAUUCAAAGGAAAGAGUAUUCGACGAAUGUUGGGAACCUUUGCAGGGUCCGGCAUUAUGUGUGUACAACAACAAGCCUUUUACUGAGGUCGACAUUGAAGGAAUACAAAACCUUGGACAAGGAAGUAAGGUGGAUGACCCAAACAAGACUGGGCAAUAUGGCGUUGGUUUCAAUGCCGUCUACCACUUGACAGAUGUUCCUUCCUUCAUGUCCAGCGGCAAAGAAAUUGGCGACGUCUUAUGUGUAUUCGAUCCACAUUGCCGGUAUGUCCCUGGAGCAAGUUCUGAAGUACCUGGAAGAAAGUACACAGAUACCAAACAACUAAGGACAGUUUUUCCAGACGUUUUUUCCUGCUAUCUAGAAGAACAUUUUCCCAUGGAGAAUUCCACCGUGUUCCGAUUUCCUCUUCGAACAAAAGAAAUGGCAAAAGUUUCCAGGUUAACGAAAACCCCAGUUACCCCCGAGAAACUGAAUGAAAUGAUGCAGUCCCUAAAGAACGAGCUCUUUGAAGUCCUCCUUUUCGUUAAUAAUGUCAAAAAAAUUACUGUAUGUGAUAUCGAUAAAAACUGCGGCAAGAUGACAAACACGUUCUCAGUUGAGGCGGCGAUGUCGGAUGAGGAUGAACUGAAACGAAGUGAAUUCGCUAACCAUAUAAAGCAGAUCGGAAAGUUAGCAAAAGAAAAUGGAAGCGUCAUCUUAAAUACCGAAGUUAAAAAGUGCUCCUAUGUCAUGACUUUGAGGGACUCGGAUGGCAACGAAGAGAAGUGGCUAAUUGUUCAACAGUUUGGUUUUGAAAAAACCGUCUCAGAAAGCAUAGCAUUUGCUUACCGAAAUCACGAGCUGAGGUUGAUUCCUCGAGGUGGCGUAGCUUGUCUUUUAGAGAAGAAAUCAAAGACACCUGGAGAAGCGGUAAGGAAAAAGAAAGCUUACUGUUUUCUUCCACUUCCCAUAGAAACCAACCUUCCAGUUCACAUCAAUGGACACUUUGCUUUGGAUCACGAGGCCAGAAGAAAUUUGUGGUGGGACGAAGAAAGCGGCUAUCGGAGUGAGUGGAACAAUGCGAUGCUUGGGGACGUGGUGGCAUCAUGCUAUCUUACACUUUUAGACGAAGUGAGGGGAUUCUACCAAUUACCAUUCAUGACAAACGAAUCUGAAACUCUAAGAUGUCCUGAAGAUGAUCUCCUGGAGAGGGUUAGACGUUUUGAGAAUUUAUUUCCACAGUUUGAUGGUCUUGGUUCCCACUGGAACACACUUGUAAGAUCAGUGUAUAGGGGCAUGGAUGAAAAACGACUGCGGCUUUUGCCUGUAGUGCGCUGCUCUUCACAAAGUACAACCCCUGGACGUUUAAUCCAACUCAAGUGGUUUCCGCCAACAGGCAAAGGAAAAGACCAAGCAUUCUUUAACAACACUGACAAUGUUGGAAGCGCUAGCAGGCAAAGUAAACAUGGAGAACGUGAUCUUGGAGAAAUCCUAAUUCAAACGGGGUUUAAUCUGCUAAGUUUUUCCUUACUUGUAUUUGAGGCAUUCAAGAAAUCUGAUGUCAACACCACUUGUGUUUCACCUUCCUCGGUAUUAGAUUUCUUUAAGACGUACAGCUCUCAAGAUUCCCUUGUCACUGUUGGAAUCGAUAUCAGCGAGACGCCGUUCGAAAACGUCCAAAGUCUUGCACUUCUGCUCAGGUACUGCAAGAGAGAUUUUCAUUUUCUGAAAAGAUUACAUGGUCUUCCGUUGCUUCUAACGCAGGACAACAUCCUUCGGGCAUUUGAUGUUUACAAUCCCAAGUUUUUGUCUCGCUACCACGACAUUUUGCCGAAUUCGAAGGACAUGUUUGUCCAUGAGCAUAUAAGAUACAAGCUCUUCGAUGACACUGCAAGUCUCGAGGCACCUGUAUUCCGAAGUUUUGACGUCCAGGCUUUUUCUUUCCUUUUACCGCAUUCUUUGCCGGCGUGUUCGUUUUGUCGGUCAGAUGAAUACGUCACGUGGAAACCAGAUAGCACGAUUCAGCCAAAUAGUUGGUGGAUCUCUAGAGUCUGGAGCUACCUUGGGGAAGAGGUAGCACGCUUUCAGCGAGGUUGGCCAGGAAGCAUACUGUCAGUACUGAAUCCUCUGACUAACUGGAACAUCCUCCCUGCAACUGAAGUGCAGGUUGAAAUUGACUCAAAUGACCCAAGUGUGGUCAACGAACAAGUGUUGGUUCCCUUGACACUAGCCGAAUCUGUUCUUGACUUUAGGGAGCAAUCUAGAAGCAGUCCACUGGAUUCAGCUUUGAGAGACCUGGGUCUUCCUGAGAUGAAUUGUGCUAUUUUUGCUACCUCGUCUGCAAACAAUACGUUUUUGGCUUCUCAGCCCAUUGCAAGGCAAAUCGUAGCAUCGCCUGAAAAACCGAGUUCUAUCCUUGCAGCACUCCUCCAAAAGAUGAAGCGAAACCCACAGUCCUUGCAAGAAAAAUUGGGUCUUUCAAGUUGCAAAGUCAUCCUUCAGUAUUUUAGCCACAACGUUGAAAUCCUCGAGAAAACGCUCUUUGCAAACGACUUAGAGUCGUGCAAAACUACUCUGAGAAAGUUACCCUUUUAUUCAACUAUAGACGGUCGUCUUGUCAGUCUAAAUGAACAAAAAGUUUGCGUAAUACCAAGUGUUAUGCCCAGAGAAGAGAUGGCCUUAUUACAACAAAAAGUGAAAAUGUUGUUUCUGGAAUCCAUGGAAGAUCUCUCCAAACUAUUUAAAUUUUUGCGAUUUGAUUCCAUCUCGACUGUGGAUGUGUAUUGUCAGUCCGUCCUACCACAUUUCGAGGUCUUCAGUACCGAGGCACGGCAGAAGCACCUCAAGUAUAUCCGCGACUCCUUGCUUAAUGAUGCGAGCGAUGAGUACAGACUGUUGCAAUGCUUGAGUAACACAGAAGUCAUAUCCAGCCAAGAGGGAACGUUGAAAAAAGCGUCUAGUUUCUAUGACCCAAGGAAUGAAGUUUUCAAAGCCAUGCUUCCCGAAGAAAGCUUCCCACCUGUUCCCUACAUCUGUCUAGAGUGGUUGCCGUUUAUGAGGAAAAUAGGAAUGAUACAUGAAAUUUCCCGUGAUCAUUUCAUCAAGUUUGCCAGAGAAGUUGCACAGGAGGCAUCACAGCGCCGUGCUUCGAAGACAGACGAGAAGUCAAAGCUUCUUGUUUCCAACCUUUUGAAACGAUCGAAACCAUCAGAUGGACUGCUGCAAGCGAUUUGUAAUGUUCGUUUUGUAGUCUCAGAUCCAGUCGCGGAUGACCUUAAAAAGUUACAUUCACAGUAUGGUUCAAAGGACGAUGGCCUCAGUCCAUACAUUUCAUUUCAAGACUCUGUUGUUUCUGAUCAUACUGAAACCGUGUGGACAGCAGCGCACAUACUUCCACGAUGGGCUGAUCCGAGAUUUUGUUUUGAAAUCAAAGUACCUCACUACUUAAAGAGGGACGAUUUUACCAGCUCCAUCCUUUCGGCUCUGAACGUUUUAUCUGAACCCACUGUGCAGAUGGUUAUUUCACACUGCCUUAACAUCACUCGUCAAGUUUCCAAACAAAAUGACAAGAAAUUUGCUGACGAUCAGGGUACCACCAGGAAGUCAGUUAUGCGAAAUAUUUACAAGUUUUUCCAAAGAAAGGUUUCAACAGGAAAUUCUAUCGUGGAGGACCUUAAGAACAAGCCUUGCAUUUUGGUUGAAGAGGGGACAAGAUUUGUGCAAAGCAAACAAGUGGUUCUUGAGCUGUACGAGAGCCUCGAGAUAUCACCAUUCCUUUAUCGGUUGCCUCCUGAGUUAGGGGAGUUUCAGAGUUUGUUUCGCCGAUUGGGCUGCACUGAUUCUGUUACAGCUUUACACUACUCCAUGGUCUUGGAAAUGUUACACGAGCACUGUCAGUCAAUGAAGUUGAAUCCAAAUCAUAUUAAGAGUUCUUUAAAAGCGGUCCGAGGACUUUUCGAAACGCUCGAGCCAAAUCCCCAGGAGAAAUCUGAGUUCCAAACCUUGUACUUACCUGCAGUGUAUCAGGUUAGCAGAUGCUCCUUUGACAACCUGUACAAGUCGACUGAUUUAAUAUUCGAUGACGCUCCAGAAUAUCAGAGUAGGCUUGAAAAGUUUGACCAACUUUUAGUAGUGGACCUUAAGAUGGCGGAGCUGCAGUGUUCUUCCUCUAUGAACUAUAAGGACUACAUCUUACGCCUUCCAGAAAUAGUACGACCGCAAUUUCUAUCUAAAGUCAUACAAGAAAGAUUAACUUCUUCCAAAGAAAAUGUUGAUUCUAGUUCCACCGUCAUCGUUGCUGAAUCCUUAAAAAAGCAAUUAUGUUCAAGACAUUUCUUUCAAGGAAUUUUGAGGUUAAUUCGUCACGCAAACCAUCCAAGUAAAUGUUUAGAUGAAACUACAAAUGUUCGUCUAGAAAGCAGACUUCGAAGUAUUGAGUUUCUUGUACUGAACCAAAUUGUGACCCACCUGGUGUAUAAAGAAAAUAUCAUUCCUGGCAGUGAAGCAGAAGUACCACAUUUUUUGGAAAAAAUUUCAGAAAGUGGUAGAGAUGUUUGGAAGGUGUAUGUCAAUGGCAAGGCAGAGGAGGGCGAUACUCAGAUAUCACUGACCUUAACGCAAGUGAUCGCAGAAGCAUGCGAGGGAUUGUUGCGAGAAACUGUUAUGUUUAUACCAGAGAUGUUGCGGACGAAACCCAACAAAAUUUGGUCAAUCCUGGACCACAUGAAAAUUCGGCAGGAUGACUCUUAUGAUCCAUCGCUAAGUGAUCUCUUACCUGACCCAGGUGACUUCAUCCCGAUUCAGGAUCAUCAUCUCCUGAACGAAGCAUUCCAAGAAUUCUCUCCCGGAGAAUAUGUUGGUUUCGAAUUGGAGGAUCCAAGUCUAGAAAAACAGAAAGGAGAUGCCACAUUUAUCUAUGCCAUUAUAGUUGAAGACGUCAGUGGCGAUGAAGAUACAAGUAUCUACACAAAACGUUAUAAAGUAAAUGUCGGACACGACAAAGAACUGUUGGUUGCCGAGUCAGCAGAUUUGUACAAAUUUCAUCAAUUUCACCCUUCUGCUGCUAAUCAAAAAGGAAGCUCCACUCAAGAUGCAGACAGAGAAGCAAUUUUGCGAAAAAUCACAGAGGUUCUUAAAAUGGUAUGGCGUCUUCCUACGAGAAGAAAAAGAAAGAUUAUAAAGCGAUUGUUUCUUCAGUGGCAUCCCGAACGAAACAUUGGAGAUGCCGAUCUCUGCAAGAAAGUCUUUCAGUACCUUCAGAAUGAAAUUGAAAAGUUAGAGAGGGAUGAUGAAGAGAGCGAUCAAGGGAGCUACAAGAGUUUUUACCAUGUCUGGACAACACGAGCCGAGCUGUAUUGUACACAACGCCAAGAAUACAGAGCAAAGUUUGUUAAAACAUAUGGCUCCUGGGAAGCCUCGACGAGCCACAGUAGAAGUGGAUGGGUUCCACCAAGUUUCUGCAAGAAAAAUCCCCAACCAGGUGAGGCAAGACGCUGGUUCAGACAGGCCGAAGAGGAUCUAAAGGCUGCUCAAGAAGAUUUGCGUUUUGGCACCACAUUUUACGAGUGGGUGUGUUUCAAGUGUCACCAGGUGGGCUGGUUAUGUCAUUUAAUCGUUCAACCUAAUGUUUUUAUUAGAUAGGAACGUUAAAAGUAUGUCUGGCAGAAUUCUACUAGCAAACGUCUGCCAAACAAAGAGGCACCCACUCCAAAUAGCUUUAUCUUACUACUUACCAGGAAAACCAGACAAUAUACUUUCCCCUACCGAAAAUAUAUAAAUAGGUUAGCAAAGCAAAAGAUUAUGUCUAUGAAAAUAAAAUUAAACGUUCCUGGAAUAAAGUUUUACCCUUUUCUUUAGCCUGUCUUAUGAUUUUCAAUAAUUAUGUAAUUGCCAGCUUUUGACCGAAAUAUUUCCCAAAUUCUGGUAUUUUCAGAAUCAAAAUGAUGUUACAUAUAACAAAGUAACUUUCUUGCCUUUUAUUUAUAUAUUUUAAGAUCGCGUGUGCAUUUCUAAAAACUGAUGUUAGAGGGGUUGAGAGAGGCCUUUUGUGCUUUCUGUUUUUAUUGUUGUUUAGAGUGGGGGUGCAAAUGUGUGGGUAUUUUUUCAUUUAAUUUCUUUGUGUUCAUUAUUAUUGGUAGGCUGCAGAGAAAGCAUUGAAGGCUGCCCAGUAUGCAGAAGAUGCCUCCAAGACGCGUGUUCAUAAUCUUUCAUGGAAUGCCAGCUAUUUGGGUGACUCAGAUUUAGCACGCAUCGCCAGCGAUCUGGAAUGUUGUGUGGUGGAUUCAACACGCAUGCGGUACCCUGAUAGGGUUAAUUAUCCCGCAAUUCCACAUGAUGUCUACACGAAUGGCAUGGCCAGAAAAGCGUUGGGUCUAGCUAGAGAAAUUCUCGAAAGAGUCCGCCAAAAUUGGCAGGUUUGUAAGCAAAAAUAGAGAUCAUCACCAGUCUUAGGGCCUGUGUCUAAUGUGGACACGACGUAUUUUCCUGCAAUUCGUAGGGAGCUAGUACUAAAAAAGGACCUUCUCCUAUGACGAAUUUAAAUUAGUUGGCUGAUAAAAAAAACUCUGAACUCAAUGAUUCACGUGUAAUAAAGCAAAACCUAACGUCUCAGAAUAGAUAAACAUUAAUUUAUCAGCCACGUAAGAAUCGAUUCAGAGGUGCUGUCUCUCAUUCAGAAUUUAACGAAAGAAAAGACAACCGCCUUUUUUUGCGUUUCUUUUGUACCUUAGAACAUUGGAAUCGAAGUAGAAAUAGUGGUUGCUUACCAUUUGACAGAAACGUUCGGAAAUUACGGAUGGAAGGUCAAUGGUAAGGUCACUUUUCCGAAAAUCCAAGCGAAAAUUGAAGAGUACGUUUUGAGGUAGUCCGUUCAUUCCGGUUGGUACGAACCAAACGAAAUGUUGCUUACCAUUUACCAAUCUCUCGGUUCCUUGUCGGUUCCAGACUCACGCUACACAAAUUCGCCCAUGUUUUGGAUUCAAACCGUAACGGAUGUGGCAAUUUUGCGGUGUACUGGUAAAUCGGUUACCAUUAUGCUUUCGACACCCCAACCGGAUUUUCCUGUCAAAUGGUAAGCGCCUAGGGAACCUUGGGCGCUUCUUACAAAGAGUACCGGUUGUGGCUUAUGAAGCAUCGGAGAUUUGUUUGCAGUGUAAUCAUCUUUGACGCGUGUUUUCUGCUCUUAGUCUUAACAUUCUUUUCCAGAUUGGUUUAGUGAAUCUCUGUUUAAAAACAGUACAGCGUUAAUUUUUUGUGUACUAUUUUGUUUUGAUCUCCCACCCCGUUAUUGUUAGGGCAGAGCUCAGAGAGAGCCAAGCAAUCUUGAUCAGGAAACUAAAUCAAUUAUUUGAAUUUACCAAUGAACUGUACCUAAUAAUAAAAGAUUAAAAAGUGAAACAUUGAUAUUUGCUUGUAGAAAAAUGCCUUUUUUCACAAAAGUUACGGCUUUUGUGCGAACUGUCGUUUGUAAGAUACAGUAGACGCCAUGUUAACGAAGGCAAUCGUCCUUCUUUCACGCUUUCGAUUUUUUUUUACAUGCGGAGAACAUGUCCUAGACUAGAAAAUGUCUCUGAUUUAAGAUAAUUAAGGAAGGCCGUGAAUUCGGAAGUGAUUUGCUUUGGACUAUCGUAAAACACAAGUGCAUAUCCCUCUUAACACUAUAAACUGUAGUCAAAAUCUUAACAAGUUUUAGAUAGCGAUCACACAAUAAAAUCAAUUUCAAUUGUCACCGUGCAACGUGUUGUCCCGAAAUAUUAUAGACUUCUUUGAUCAAUAAACUCCUUUUGUUUCCACUGUACUCGGCGUUCAUUGUUUACCCUCCAUCUUCUACAUAAAGGCAGCAGAGAUUGCUAAAACAUCCUCGCGCUUGGUGUUUAUUAUAUUAGGGGCAUAGUCCUGGACCAAUCAGAGUGCGUCAGUUUAUAUAACAUCUUAAGUAAUCGUGUUAAAAAAUGCAUGUUGGUUUCGGCAAAGGGAAAUCUUAAGCCUGGUUUUCACCAGCGCAUAAGCAUACGCAAAAGUAAAACAGACGGGUUAAUUCGUUGUUCUUGUGCUUGUGCCUAUGCUUAGGUCGUAGGUUUGACUAAUGAAAAAGGGGGUCGGCAUAAGAAUAUGCAUAAGUACAAGGCCGUGGACCAAUCAUAGGUCAAUUUGACCCAAAUCUCAUGCGAAAAUAUCAAAAACAAUAUGGCGGAAUCUUCCUCCGCCAUCUUGUUUAUCAUAGGGUUAAGGAGAGCAGGUAACGAGAAUUGAGUCAAAUAUGCCAUUCUGCGUGUGCAUAUGUCCUUGUGCUUAUGCUUAUGCGCCAGUGAAAAACAGCCUUUAAGAACGUUCGCUGUCAUAUUUAAAAAAAUUGAAAAGGCUAAGCCACUUUUUUAUCGCAAUAGGGACGGCGUUAGGGAGCGCACUAGAGUUGUAUAGAUUUAAACAUAGAUCCGAAUGGCGAGCGUUUUCUACAUUUACUGUGGUUUUGUUCAAUGAGGCCCCGUAAACCUGAUUCUCAACCUUAGAUUGGCAGAAAAACGGCGAAACAAUGGAAAAUCAAGAAUGUACUAAAAGUGGUCUAUAUUCUUCAGACUGGAGGUGAUAAUGAUGAUUAUAAACUAAGACACUGAGGAUGUUAUUUAGUUAUUUUAUUACCAAAUCAAUCAGGUAACCAAUCUUUGUAAAUAAAACACCUCACAUUUUAAUCUUUCUGGUAAGAGUACGCAUUUAUCACGAUUUUGUGGCCUUUUCAGUAAGGAGAUAAUUUUCUAUUUACCAGUUAACAACAACAAGCCAAAUUUUCGUCGCUUUCUUACAUUGCAUUUUUUGAUACAACUGGCUACAAAUAUAAAAGUUAAAAAAGAAAACAGGUCAGCAAAACAACAACUGUGCACGUGCAUCACACUUUUUUGUGCAUCGUCGCAACAUGACUACUACGUGAAAAUGACUAAUUUCCCUUAAAGGAAGGAUGUAAACGGCGUAUGGCGAAAUUGUCUCUGAACUUUGAUAGUUCUUAUGAAUUCCACUCCAGGAAAGUUCGCAUCAAAGUGACGAUAGGUGAGUAGGAAUAAUCGCGAUGAAGAUUGAGUGAAUGUGAAUUCACUUUUAAAGGGAAGUUUUCAUGGAAUUUAACAAUGGACUUUACGAUCCGACGAUGCGAAGGCAACGAGAACGUCGAAAAUUACAAUAGGUCUAGUAGACAAAACAACAGCUACGCACGUGCAUCUUACGUUUUUGUACAUUUCUUUGCCGUUUUUGCACGACUACCACGUGAAAUUGCCUGAUUAUACUUUUCAGGGAGGACGUAAACGAGCGACGACGAAAUUUUAUUCUCUCUCUAAACUUGAAUACAGUUCUUAGAAAUUCAACUCCGGGAGGGUUUGCCUACUUUUGACGAAGUAAGUGAGUUAGAAUAAUCCCGAUGAGGACCGAAAGAACGCAAGUUCAUUUUUGAAGCGACGUUUUCGCUGCCGUCGCGUCUUCCGAUCGACAAGUUCCUACUAAAACGAGGAACGGAGAGCAGGAGCGGGAAACGAGCAUGGGGAACAGGAAAUUGAAAAAUGUGAGCAAAACUUUUCUUGAACCCUAGCUCUAUAGCUCUCUUUAAGGAUCUUCUUGUCCAUAUCUCUGGUUUGUUACUAUCUAGUCCAGUCAAUCUAGACAUUUUCGAGGCUCAACAUCAAACUAAUUGCAACAGAAUUGUUUUCAACAUCAUUUAACUAAGGGUGACCUAUCUAGUAACAUACUAAAAAUCCGCCAAAACCCGUUCGGUGGAACAUGUCAAAAUUAAGCGUUAAACAUUUUGACCUUUUAACACAGGGUACCCACGUUAGUUGAAAUUAUUCGGUUGAACAAAAAAUGCACAAAAUGUGUUUGUUACUUUUAUGGAAAAGUGAAAGAAGAAAGAAUAACUUCUACCUAGUUUUCGCUGAUAAAAACGGAGUGUUUCUUUUUUUGCACAGGAAGCCCAUGUUCCACUCAAGGAACCCCAAAACAACAGGAGGCUUUCAUAGUAAUAGAGUGAACUGUUGGCUGUAAAACUACAACAAAUUUAGUCGUAAGGCUUUAAAUCUGAAAAAUGAAAGCCGUUACUUAAUCAUUAGAUAUCCCUUUUUGUCAGAUUUCUGUUAGCCGCAAGGGUAAGAAAAAUAUAUAUCAGAGCUGGAUUUUUGAAUAACGUUACAGCCAAAAUAGAGCUCUCCCCUCAAACAGUUUUCUUCUUUCAACAACUAUCUCCAAAGAAGUCAACAUAAAAACUAAGAGUGCAGCCAUUGUUCUUCUUUCUUCUCCUCGUUUCUUUCUACUCGCUCUUUCUAUUUUUCCUUUACUUGUUCUUUUCUAGGAGGAUUUUUGGGCUCAUUUUCCAUUCGGCUUUUGCUCUUUUCCUCAGUGAAAAGGCUGCAAUUUUCGUUCGGUACGUUUUCAAAAAUCCAGCAAGAUAAUGCUUUGGCUUUUACGGUUACCUAUACAUUAAUUUUUGUUAAGGUAACAGCAUUCUCAAAUAUACAAGUUUCACUUUUUCAAAGCUUUUCAUUUUCUUCUUGCGAAAAGUGAAUUGGAGAGGAGGGGACGAUAGUUUUACUAAUUCUUUACGACGCACAACAAUGCAGAGUUUUUGAGAAGGUUAAGCUCCAAUGCCUAUGAAUUUGAUGAGAGGGAAAUGCCUUUUCAUUAAAGGAAAAGUGUUGUUACCUUCGCAAAGGUUAUCGGAACAUUCGUCGCAUAAGAAGUUUGGUUCUAGCAAACGUUUGUUUUAAGAAAACGAAAUAGUAUAAUAGCGAAGCUGGUUUUUAAGGGAAAGAUUAACUCUGGGUAGCCAAAACAAUGCGUAUAAAAAUAUAUUGUAAGAGUCUCUGGAGUAAUGGAAAUUCCCCACGCAGAGCACAAUUCACGCAGCUCAGUCAGAAGGUUAACUUGCACUAAGUUGAAGUGUUACACAAAGCUCAUCCCAAGAGAAACAUGGGUUCCGCAAAAAGAGGUGACACAUCAGAAGCUAAGUCAGGCAAGCCCAUUAAUGUCGUACACAUGUCCAGUACUUUCGCUCCUUCAUGACCACUGCAGUUGUUUUCAGAUGUUAAGGAUCCCAAGAUUGUUAUAGAAAAAGAGGUCUUCAUUUGCCAAUGGACGAAAAAAAAAACUGGUCAAGUUUCAGGGUUGUUCUCCGAAAAGAAAUGCAAGGAGGGAAUAUAAAUGCCUUUAAACCACACAGCAAUUAAUCGUAUUCGUCGAUCUUAACAAGAAAUGAAGAGCUGCCGCAGAAAAUAAAAAUUAAACACACAGAACUUAACUAAAUCUGAGCUAAACUAAAUCUGAGCUUCGCUACAAGAAGAACAUAAAAAAGAACAAUCACACUGCCUUGGUUUUGUGGAUUUCCUUUAGAACAGAUUCGGCCAGGUGUAAUGAAAAGCACAGAGCAUUAUGAUCUAGCAAAAACCAAAUAGACAGAGUCCUUAGCAGAAUAUUUAUUCACUCACAUUGUAAAGUACGGAGUCAAAAAAAAGAAUCCCUGAUUUCGAUCACACAUAUUGUGUCCAAGGUUUGAACAUAACUACCUCACAAAACUCGAUUACAGAAAUUGGGAAUAGGUUAAACAGUUUGUACUAAUACAAAGCUAUCGUCCGUUACACACAUUUAGUUGCACGUAUCCUGCAACAUGGAUGCAAAUUUAGUAGCUUACUGAAGGUGAGCAAAAUAUCAAAUCAAACUGUUCAACAUGAGUCAGCUACUAAUUAAAAAUUUGAUUCCAUGCUGCAGGAUAUAAAAAAAAUUACAAACCUAUAAAACUAAAAAUACUUUAUGCAUUUCUGAUAUUGAACAAAAAAAUAUACUGACAUUUUUAAUCAUUUCAAUACAGACUGACUAAUAAUUUUCCUUUUAAAUACCGUCAUAGAAAAAAAAUUACAGCCUGGAAAACAGAAUGUGAACAGAAACGAGUGGCUGGGUAACCUGUGCAAAGCCGUCAAGACGAAACACUGACCGAGCUGUUUCUCACACAUUUAGUCGGCGUUUUUAAACCAAAACUACCCAAAAUACAUUAGCAAUGUUGUAUCGAAAAUUCUUGAGGAAAAAAAACAAUUAUCAAAUGUUUUAUCUGAAUUUGUGAUCUUCCUGAAAUUGGGUUACCUGUGGUGAAAGUUGAGAAUCUUUAUUGCCAAUCUUUCUCAUGUUUCACCGAACCGAUUUUGGCGGAUUUUUAGUAUGUUGUUACAGAGCCAUCCAACAAUUAAACGGCGUUGAAAAAAAUUCUGUUGCAAUUAGGUUGAUGCUGAACCACAAUUUGACUGGACUAAUCUUUUGAUUUUCCGUUCUGCUGGCUUGUUUCUCGGUUCUUAUUCCUCGUUCCAGACGUGCCCAAAACUUUAUAACAAAGACUUAACAACAUAGCCAAAAUUCGGAAUCGAGGAGUUCUUCUAAAGCGAAAGUUGAAAGAUAAACUGAGAAAGAGAAAAGGAGAACGUUCGAGGUCGCUUGAUCUUGGCUCUUGCACGUACGUGUAAUUGCAUCCUGCGAUCAGACGUUUCUUGUCGAGGGAGAGGGAGUGGGGUGCAACGCAGGCAGCGCAAAAGUCGUACACUGAGGAAAGGGGCUGGAAAAAAAGAAAGAUGUCAGGUCGAAAAGAUCUGAAUGCCUGAUUGUAUGAAAGUUAUACAAAAGUUAUAAAAACAAAUUAAAUCAUUCUCUGCGGACAGCAAAACGUCUAUACUAUGAGAAGAAAUUGAAUAACGUUCAAUCUAAUACUCGUGCUACUUGGAAAGUUUUAAAUGAAAUUCUAAACAGAAGCAAAAGAAAUUCCAAUAGAUGCUCAACAUUUAAAGCUGAUGAUCGUGAAGUUACUGAUCCUGUCGAAAUUGCCAACAAGUUUUGUAGUUAUUUUUCAAGCAUCGGUCCUAAUUUAGCAAGGGGUAUACAGUCGUCAGCUUCACACCGUUGUUUUCUUAAUGGUUCCUUUACACAGUCAAUAUUCUUCAACCCUACAACUCAAGAUGAAAUCACUGAGAUUGCGAAAACUUUUCUUCCAGGCAAAGCAGCUGGCUACGACCAGAUUCCAAUGUCAGUCAUUAAGGAGUCCAUUCUACUUGUUUCUGAACCACUCACCCAUAUCAUAAACUUGUCAAUCCAGCAUGGUAUUGUUCCCGAUGAAAUGAAAAUCGCUCGCGUGAUACCUAUUUUUAAAUCUGAUGAUCAGUCGCUUUUCACCAACUACCGACCUAUCUCGGUGCUUCCCAGCUUUUCUAAAUUCUUUGAAAGAGUUAUCUACAAUCGUUUAAUGCAAUAUCUGAUGAACUUCAACAUCCUCUGUAGUAACCAAUACGGCUUCAGGAAAAAUCAUUCCACUGCACUCGCGCUAAUCGACUUGCAUGAUAAGAUCUCCACUGCCUUUGACCGAGGUGAAUUUUCCGUAGGGAUUUUUCUUGACCUCUCAAAAGCCUUUGACACUGUAAAUCAUUUCAUCCUUUUUGAUAAACUCGAACAUUACGGUAUUCGUGGCUUAGCGCUGGACUGGAUAAGAAGUUACUUUUCAAACAGAAAGCAAUAUGUUGAAUAUAAUGGCCACCGUUCGUUAAGAAAUGAAAUCUCUUGUGGGGUCCCUCAGGGUUCUAUCCUCCGACCUCUAUUUUUCUUGCUGUACAUUAACGACAUCAACAAUGCUUCUAAUCUAUUAAAUCUGAUAUUGUUCGCUGACGAUAUCAAUGUAUUCAUGUCACAUAAAGAUCUGAACUAUCUUUCAGAUAUGUUAAACUUGGAGAUGGACAAACUGUCAAUCUGGUUUAAAGCAAACAAGAUUUCUAAAUCUUAAAAAGACUAAAUUUAUGGCCUUUAAACCAAGACAGAGCGUUCAAUUUGUAAUAUUCAAAUAAGUAUAGAUAAUCAAAAUAUUGUUAAAGUAAAGGAGACAAAUUUUCUAGGCGUAAUUUUGGAUGGAAACCUAAAUUGGAAGUCAGAAAUAUCACACGUUGCAAGUAAAGUUGCGAAGUCAAUCGGUAUAAUGUCUAGAUGCAGCUUCUUUCUUCCUAAAACGUCUCUACGUAUGCUCUACUAUUCCUUAAUUUAUCCUUAUUUUUACUACUGCAAUAUCGUUUGGGCUUCGACCUAUAAAACCAAUCUCCGCCGCCUUGUUAUCCUGCAAAAGCGCAUUAUUAGAAUUAUUAAUAAAUCACAUUUCAAUGCUCAUACAGACCCCAUCUUUAAGGACCUCGGUAUACUAAAUUUUAAUGAUAUCCAUUUGCUUCAACUGCUGGACCAAUUUCUGUAUUCUUGCAAGAAUCCAAGGUUUAAUAACAAUUUCUCUCAAAGCAAUCAAUUCCACUCUUACAAUACAAGAAAUUUCCAGGCCUGCCGUCUACCGUAUUGUCGUACAAACACUAAGAAGUUCUCGCCCUUUUUUCAAGGGCCUAAGUUUUUUAAUUCACUUGACAACGAGGUCAUCAACUCUCAAUCCCUCUCCUCUUUUAAGAAAAAACUGAAGAUUAAAUUAUUGAGUAAGUAUGAAAACAGUUUAUAAAUCUUUCCAUCUUCGACUUUUCGCUUUCUUCUCUUCAAUUGAUGUGAAACAGCUCUAGCUCAUAGUUCGAGGAGGCCUAACCUCUCAUAAGCUCCUAUAGUUUCUGUUAGGUCUCCUCGCCACUUCUUUUUUUUUUUUUCCUUCUUUUCCUAUAUUUUUUGUAAUUAGUGUGGCAAAUAAAAUAAAAUAAAAAAAUAAAAUAAAAAAGUGAAGCAAAAUUAUAAUCCGGAAGUCAGAAAGGAUUAAAGUGAUUCGCACGGCUGAAAAGUGAUAGCGUACUGAAAAUAUCAAAUGGCAACAAACUGAUUGGAAUAACAUUUAAUAUUUUCAGAGCCAAUUUCCAUGACCGAUUCCAAUAAUUGUAUGUUUUCUUACCAAACAAACGACAAUUAUGUGGCGCGCCACAGCAGCUUAAGCCGAAUACGAAAGUCAAGACUUCCUUGAUGAGCCGACAUUUAAAGAAAGAUGACCAGAAGCAAAGAAGACAAAUAUGAAAUUGGGUGACCCAGCUCACCUUAGAAUUUUAUCAAUCAUGUGGACAGAAUGUUCUUUUUUAAAUUCAAUGAAUUUAUAUUUGGUCGUAGUAGGAAUGGCUGGGUUAUUUCUGAACAUUUUCCCGUGGAUCGUUUGCUACUCCAAGCUUCGUGCUCAGAACCAUCGAAGUAGUAGAGACGUGCUGUUAAUAUCUCUUGUUUUGGUUGACGUUUUGACCGUCUGUGUACCUUUACCAGUUUAUCUAUCAAAACACUACAACUGUCCAAGAAAUCAGAGGACAAGCUUCGUCGCAAGGCCAACGAUUUGCGAGAUUUUUCAUCUGAUGUUCGUGUGGCUCAAACUUGCUGCACUGUUUAUCAUAACAACUUUGAACUACACUUCAUACCUCGCUAUAACCGCGAGAGGAAUUUAUCGCAGCAUCAGAGACAGGAUUUCUUCGUCUUUAGCGUGCUCUAAAUACGAGCUGAGACAUCAAGAAAAGACGCACUCGACAAUGGUCAUAGCCAAUUUAGUGAUUGGAAUAGCUAUCGUAGCCUUUUUUAUCGCUUCUUUACCAUACAUUGGCCUUGGUCCAGAGAGCCUUUCACCACAAUCUACCCUAUUAUAUCAAAAAAACUCUACGACAACUUUGUUUCAGUGUUCGUUGGAUCAAAUAAGCUACCCGCAAAAGAACAAAGAAUACACGUUCCUGUUUGCGGUUCUCAUGAGCAGUGCCGCUUGCUUCUUGCUUCAGGAUGUUCACAGUGUCCUGAGCUGCUUUAGUUGUCCGAGUUAUUCACUGGCAAAAACGGGCGCAUCGAGAACUUUUACCUAUUACAACCGAAGGCUCGGAGCGGAAAGAGACUUUGCCAAACUUAUAUGCGUGUUGGGUCUGACCUUUCAUUUAACGUGGAUUCCGGUUAUGGUAAGUGAAUCAAUCUUGCUUGUCCAUUUGAGGCGUAUUUUGGUCUAAAUUCUGUAAACAAUGAAAUUUAAGAAAGAAGAUUUUAAUUCACUUAGGGCAAUAAUCAAAAGCUUAGAAAGGCCAGAAAUUAUUUCAUCUUCCACGAAAUCGUUUAACCCACCUAUACAGGCGUGACUAAAAGAUCAUUGACCUAAACUUAACCAGCUGACAUAGAGGUUAUAUACUAAAGACAUUUACAAGCUUAUAAUAACCAAAUGUAACGCAUAGUAAGUUAGGCUAUCUUUCAUUAUUUUGUAUGGUUGCUGUCAGUGGUAUUUGAACUCGUCAUUCGACUCCACACAAGAUUUGACUAAAGCUCUAUUUCUGAUCUAUUCUACUGUUCAGUUCAAGUACAUUUCUUAUCAAUAUAACAGGAGCUAUUAACAAUAUAGGCAUAUGAUGUUUUAUGUACUAAUCAUCCGGCUCCGAAAACAGCAAGGACUUUGCAGCGCUUAAGUGAUUCGUUCAGCUUUCAGUAGCUUAUGUUAUUCCAGGAACCAUUUAAAGGUACCUUUAAUUUAAUUUAUUAGGGUUGAUCAGUUGAACAUAAAACGUUUUAUCAGCAUCGAAGUCAAGAGAAAGAAGCUGAGACAUUAAAACGAUAUUAAGUCAGUAAUGUUUUUAAGAAAAAUCUACUUCUUGCAAAAUAUACAUCAAGAAAAGCGCCUUCGAGUCAGUACGUUUCUGCCAAAGACCACAAAGUGGGCGUUAACAAAGAGCAGACACCACUUAUAUAAUUAUAUAAUCUGCUUCUCCUUAGGCAUUAUAGGUAAUCAGAAGGAGCGUAGAUUUUGCAUUUCUGAACGCUUUCACUUAAAAGCGGCCAGAGGAAAAAAUUUCCUCAGAAUUCCAAAUUUCUUUUUGUGAACUUAUCCUAAGGAAUGAACGUCAUCAUGCAAAUGUCUACUAAAGAGGCUUCAUUUGAAUGAUCCUGAACACCAUAGUAUUUCGUCUACAGACUCUUGAGAAAGUUAGAAAUAAAUAUUAAUUAAAGAUAGUACCAUGUGAAAGUACUACUGAAGAGGUUUCAUUUGAAUGGUCACACCAUAGGAUUUUAUCCACAGACUCAAAAGUUAGAGCUACAUACUAAAUAAAUACUGACCAUGUGAAAGUACUGCUGAAGAGGUUUCAUUUGAAUGGUCACACCAUAGGAUUUCAUCCACAGACUCAAAAGUUGGACCCUCAUACUAAAUAAAUACUGACCAUGUUAAAGUACUGCUGAAGAGGUUUCAUUUGAAUGGACACGUAAUACACGUUUUUCCAUAGAUUUUUCAAAGUUAGAAUGACAAAUUCUCUCUCCUACUCAAGAAAUUAAAGGGUUUUUAACGUUUUUUAAAGGCCAGAAAUAUUGUAAAUGAGGGACAAGCUUUGCCACCUUCUAGGAUUGGAUAUUGUAUCCCAGCCUGUGCUUGGGUCCUUAGACUCUUUUGGUUCUACUCUUUCUAAAUUUAUUUUCCAUUUGAGAUUAUUCAAAACGAAUAUAAAGAGCAAAAAGCAUUUAAUCGUCAUAAAAAUAAUUCUGAAAAAAGUGUUAUUUAUAUCUUGAGGAAUUGGAAAGGUAGCAUUCAGCUGCUAAAAAAGCUCUUUAAUCCUAUUAAUUAAAUCUCCAGCGUUAAGUUUUAAAUAGUCACUGCGGAUCAUUGAGUCAUUGUUAGUUUUCACCAAGCGAACGUACCCGGGGUGGGGGGAGUGUGCGGGGUGUUAAUUGAGGAAUUUUUUGGCGGGUCCGGUAAAACGCGCAACAUGUGCAGAUUUUUAGCAAAAAGUAGAACUGCGCUCUACGUUCUGCAACAACUUUUUUAGGCAAUAUAAAGGAUCUGCGUCACGAAAUUUAUCAAAUUGAUUCAAUACUUGGGAACUGCAUGCAACUAAACUGAGUGAAACAUGAAAAUAACUGCUCAGAACGAUAAAAGGUAUAAACAAACACAGCCUAUAAAAGAGGCAUGGAUGGACAAAUGUGAAGAAGAUGGAGGAGGAUUGCAAUUAUGGUUUUUGAAAACCUGUUAGCGCAACAGUGUUUCAUAGUUCAUUUUUGUUGAAAUAUUGCCUGGGAGACACAUUUGUUUACACGAAACUGUUAUCUUGACAUUCACAAGUAGGUGUAAUUGGCAUUAUUAGCAAAAUGAACUGGACAUAAGUGACCCUUACAGACCCUUCUACAUCCUAGACUAACUAUGAACCAUAAACUCCAUUUCUUCACACUACGAAUGAAAUUCCUAUAAAAGACAGCCGAUCUUGACCAAAAUGUAAGACUAGGGCCCGCGCAUCAAAUGUAAAACUUCACAUGCUAAUGAGUGAGAAAGGCAGAUUUUGCUCAAUAGCAUUAGGUUCAGUCAGAAGUGAAUUUCGAUUUUUUUUCCCGGUUUCCUAACCUGUUUGAAAUCCUUUCCUUGACAACAGCACAAUAUUUAUACAUUGCGCCCCCCCUCUCCGGGAGAGGGGGUGUGCCGUGAAUUGGUACGAAUUGAUGUCCAGACUAAAGUCAGUCAAAGGUGCCUUCAGUCUUUCCGUUGAGUAGUGGGCCCCGGCUUUGCACAAAAGCUUUAUUACUCAAAAACUCUAGGUUAAAGUUAUUGUGACCAUGCUUUGGUUCUUUUUGUUUCAGGUGGCUAUUAGUUGCAUCAUGUCUGGAUACAAUAUCAGUACGGAAUUCUCCCAGUAUGUCAUCGCAGCGGCGUUUUUACCACCGACUAUAAACCCACUGCUGUUCUGUACGUUUCUGUCGGAUUUCAGAGACGGUUACAAGGCUUUGUUGCAGCUCAUACCAGACAAGGUCACUAAGAUGUUUAAAGGUUUGUUUUCAGUUUAUCAACACCAUUUUAGACUAUUAUAUCACACUAGGUUGGCUUCCACGACUUCUGUAUUUAUUUGGCCUGAUUUUUUGACCAGGCGCAACGAAGGGCCAACCAGUGGCCCCUUGGUAGAGCAAUGCCCCGCCCAACCGGGCCACUUUUGUUCUUUUCCGUAUAUUUGGAAAAUAAGAGAUUAUUUUAACACUCUUGAACAAAAGUAGCCUGAGAAAACAGCCGUCAUUUCGAAUCGUCACUAUUGGUUUCCCUGCAACAUAACAUCUCAGCCGGAAAUGAGUGCAGAAAUUCCAUACUGAUGACGCACCACUAUCUAGAUCUGGUUUGUACUUUUGCUUAGUUGAAGAAAAUUUUCAAUCAAUCGGAAGCACUACCAAGAUCUGGGUACUGUGCGUCAUCAGUAUGGAAUUUCUACGCUCGUUUCUCAGAUGGCAUUUCGCGGGCAAACCACGCAGUUGUGGCGUCGCGAAAUGUCAGCUAUUUUUUCAGGAUAUAACAAAAGUGAUAGAUCAUCAUAAUAGUUAAAGCUUGACGCCCUUAUGAUCUUCUGUUCAGUCUUCAGUCUCUGUAAACUUGUAGGAAAUUCUUUGAGAACUGCCUUUCGGGGGGACAGACUCCGCAUAUGAAAGUCGUGGGGAUGUUCGUCGUCUCACUUAGGGGUGUAAAUUUCGGAUUUUGGUCUCACUUAGGAUGUUCUGGGCAAAACGCCAUCAUAUUUAGCCCUGGAGGUCUCGUUUAAGAUUGCACGCCAAAAAAUAUAAAAAUAUAUAUAUUGUCUGUGUUUUAACAUGGUCUCUUUUAGGGGUCAAAAAAAGCUUGGACCACGCCCAGAUCGGCCUCCUUUAGGGGUUUAAUUCAAAAUGUCCGACGAGCAUACCCACCCCUUUCAUAUGUGGACUCCCCCCCGCCCCCCGGGCUUUUGCUAUACUUUUGAAUGAAGUAAAUAUCACUAAUUCAAAAGCUAAGUGCUGUACAUCACUUUUUUAAAAUGAAAUUCUGCAGAGUCUAAAAAGUUAAAGGUAAUUUGGUAAUUGCUUCUCUCCUCAGAUUGUGCGACUUUGGUGUAUAAGCCAAAGGAGAUGAUAACAAAUUCGGCGAUUGUUACGAUAUCCUCAGAGAGUGGACACAAAGUAUGAAGAGAUUAUAGUUUACACUGUAAAUUAACAAUUCAGUGCAUGAGAACGGAAAACCGUCGUGUAAAUUUCAAUACGCUAAUGUCCGUUGUUACUACUGCGGGAAUAGACGAGAGUUUUGUAUUUAGCACGCCUUAAAAUUAGUCUCGGAAUUUGUUAUCAGUGAUGUUUUUAUGGGUCAGUACACACGAUCAAAAAGAAGGUAUCGAUAUCAACGUUUGAUUCAUCGCCUUAGUCUGCAUUGCUGUAGCCUACGUCACAAAAAAAACUCUGGUUAACGGAGGUUUAAUUACGUCUGCAACGCAGGCUAGCAUUGCUAGGGCAUAAGAAAUAGACCUUGUCAUGGUUUUCGACGCCAUCUUGACGAGUAGGCAAACGUGUGAGAAAUUACAGUGUUUGUAUGAGAAUCUAAUGUUGAAUAAUUUCCGUAAAACGGCUGUUUUGAAAAAAAUAUCAGUUGUAAACUAAAGCUACAAAGCGAAGGAUUGUCCUAAAAAACUUUGGGGGGCGUACCUGUGCUGGAAUUUCUCUAGAGGCUUGCUUUAGAUUUUCCAUUUAUUUGUCUGUAAUUUUCCUUGGACUUUCUUACAGACACAUGGAUAGAAAAUUUUAAAAAAGUGGUUCUAGGUCUUCUAUUGCAUGUAACGCCCUCAAACUUUUUCAGGAGAAUCCUUAGGAGUGAAGCUUUAGUUUACAAAUCAUAUUUUUUUCAGAACAUCCGUUCUAAGGAAAUUAUUCGACAUUAGAUUCUCAUACAAUGACUGUAAUUUCUCACGCGUUUGCCUACUCGUCAAGAUGGCGUCGAAAACCAUGACAAGGUCUAUUAAGGAUAAAGAUUAAAGGGGCGGCGUUGCUCUCUCUCCUAAUGCCGGCGUGUCUUGGAUGGUCUCAUAAACACACUGCUGUGGACAUGGCCUAAUAAAAAGGAGCCGAGACUCGCGUGAAUCUUUCUUAAUUAGCAGAUGAUAGAACUGUUCACACGAGUAGACAGCUCAUGGUUUUCAGGAGGAAAAACGCCCGGCGGACUUAAUCGUGCAGGUUUAACAAGAUAAUUAUAGAUCGGGUAAUUGAGUAAGGUUAUGACCUGUAAUGGUUAGCUAGAGAAGCACUGAAAGGGAAUCAGUGAUAUCGUGCAACAAUUGAGCUAAAAGUUGUAGUUAAAUUAAUCAAUCUAUCAGUGGAUCUCGUUGGUGCCACUAGAACCUAAAGCUACGUUCAAACGGACGCAACAACGCCCAACAUUGUUGGGCCAACAAUGUUGGGAGUGAGUUGUUACAUCCGUAUUGGCAUUGA